AUGUAUUACGAUUUAGCUUUAUUCCACUGUAAUGCUAAAAUUUGGAAAUAUAUUGGAUUCAUUGAAUAUGAGAAUAUGUAUCGCACUAGUCCAAUAAUGAUCAUUGUGGCCAUAACGAUUAUCGGUCAAUUUACGAAUGCGGUUUAUGUUUUGCACGAUUUGACUGUCCUAAUUAUGAGUCUAUUUAUGACGGCCAUUAUAGCCAAUUCAUUUGUACGAAUUGUGAGUGUGAUGAAAAAUCAAUACAAGUUUGUUAAAUUUAUGAAAGACAUUGAAAGUUGGUACAAAGAAGCAGAGAUGACAAAUGACACUGUGGCCUUGUCAAUUCUUAAGAAACUGCCAAAUCGUACCGUGGCUAUUUCUAAAUUCAGUUUGGUUUUUGGCACCUUUGGUGGUGUUCUUACUGUACUUCUUCCAAUGAUACUCGGUCAACGUGCUCAUCCUUUUCCCGUUCAAUUAAUUGGUGUGGAUGUUUUUAAAAGUCCUUUAUAUGAAAUUAUUUAUGUCGUUCAAAUUUUUCUUAUAAUGCCAUUUAUUGUUUGCGCCUAUAUACCAUUUACGAAUCUUUUUAUAGCUUGGCUUAUAUUUGGCAUAAAUAUUUUAAGAGUAUUACGCAAAAAAUUUGAACAGAUGCCGGUUGACAAUGAUCGAGAACAGUUGAAAAGUUUGAAAGCGUUGAUAAGAUAUCAUAAACGAAUUAUAAGAUUUGGUCAAACUUUGGAAAACUUAGUUUCUUUCGUGUGCUUUGUUGAAUUGGUACUAUUUACCGUGAUGUUAUGCGUUUUACUGGUGUGUCUUCUACUGGUGGACACCAUUAUGUUCCGGAUAAUGACCGUAAUUUAUAUAAUAUGUAUAUUUUAUGUCCUAUUUAUAUCAUAUUGGCAUGCUAAUGAAUUUUCAUCGGAGAGUUUAAAGAUUGCCAAUGCUGUUUAUAGUAUUGAUUGGAUUCAUUCAAGUGUCGAGGUACGCAAAUGUGUUUUGAUUUUAUUGGUGCGCUGUCAAACGUCUUUAAAGAUAUCCGCAGGUGGCAUGUAUCCAAUGACUUUGGAGGCAUUUCAAGCACUUUUAAAUGCUGCAUACACCUAUUUCAACAUGUUGCGAGGCUUUAUGGGAAACUAA